UUCUGAUGAUUCGGCGUGUCGGUUGGUUUUCCCGCUCAGAAAUCUUAGGGCACAGAACGCUUUCUUCUUUAUCUUCUCGAUGAAAGUUGGCAUCUUCAGCUGCAUAAAGACGAUGGUAUAGACUCUUGCGAAGCUCAGUUCCCCAAUCCUCGAUGUUUCUCGAAAGCGUGAUUCGUCGGAGACUGUUGUCUUGGCUGUCUCCGUGGCUCCGGCGGUCGCCGGAGCUGGAGCUGAAAGUAGGGAUUGUUCGGUCUCAUGCGAUUGCUAAGGACCUCCAGUUCGAUGUUACUGUGCUCAACGACGGCGACUCCUCGAUCUACGUCUUCGAGGAGCUCACUAUCGGAGAGUUCAGUGUUCGUUUCUCGAACUGGUCGGUCCAUUCGUUCUCGAUCGAAGUCCGCGAUGUUAAAGUCGCGUUGUCAGUCCGAGAAUCGGAACGGGAAGGUGUGAGAAAUGUGCAGAAAUCAAAGGACAGGGGGUCCAAUGAUUUGGAAAAGAAACUCUCUGCAAUGGAUCCGGAGGGUGCUGCUCUACACGAGGCUCUCAGAAAGCUAUCAGCUGCUACACCUUCAGCAAAUGGGAUCAAGGCAUCCAUUUUAAAUAUCAUAUACAGACACUGCCUGCUUGAGAUACAUGAUAUUAAGCUGCAACUGCGGUUUCCCAUGUUUAAUGAUGGUAUGACAUGGGUGUCAGAAGCAAAGGAACUGACUGUUUUUUCUCAGCAUCUUGAACGAGGGUGUCUUCUUCGAGAUAUUAUCAGCACAACUAUCACACCAUUGAGAGAGAGCUCUCUUGUCAUGAAUUUGAGAGGUUUCGAGAUUGGAUUCAAGAGAAAUGAUCAAAUAACCAAUACUUUCUUCUGCAAAGAUUUGUUGAGCUACGCCAUGCUAAGGGAUCUUCAGUUUGUAGAUCUCAAUCUUCAUGUACCAGAACUAAAAAUUUCAUCUUCCCCACUUGACGUCACAGUUUUAUUUCUGUGUUGGGAAGUGUUGGCUAGAAAGGUCAAGCAUCCUCGGAAUGGUAGAUACCUCUGGAAAGUUGCAGCUAUCAGAAUCAGCAAUAUGACUUCAAGUCCGAGAGUCACUCUGUACAGAUUGAUCACUAAUGUAAUUCUGUGGUUGCGUUAUCUCCACUGCUAUGAAGAUCUACUAUCUCUAGUUGGAUAUCCUUCCAUCCAUACAUUGGAAAAAUCAGCGAUGAGGCUUUCUGAAGAUAAAACAUUUAUGGGCAUGGUAAGGCACCGGUUAAAGGUGAUAUCAGACAUGGAGAAAGAACUUUACCCUGAUGCUAUAGCCCGGGCACGCAGAAUUGGUCGAUAUAGACUAUCAAAAGAAACUUCUGUGGAAGUUGUAACUGUGGGCAGGUUCACUCAUUCAUUAAAAUUUUUGUAUAGUAUGCUUGCACUUCUUACUUGCGUUAUCAGGGCAUUGUACAAAGUGCUCAAGUAUAUUGUAUCCCUGGACUUCUUGAGGACACUUUUACUUCAAGAGCAAGAAGAUGAUGGAUCUUUGGAGGGCCCUUCAGGGAAAUCUCAUCUAGAAAGUAACUUUGGCCUAAACAUUGAAACAGUUUUGUUUACUAUUUCACUAAACAAGGAGAGACAUCAUACUUUAACUGAUAAUGUGGAAACACAGAGUGGGCUCUUGUACUCAAACUUUCCUUCAUUCCAUGUGACAAUUGGUGCAAUCUCAGUGAAGUACAGUGAUAACAUCUUUGAGCAGUCUUUGCUCUUAGCCUCUGGAAAGUUUACUGUUUCGACAACAAUUCUUGGGGCUGCUUCUGCUGGUGGAAGCAGUUCAAGGUCUGCAUGGCAUGGAGCCAGAGGACAUCAAGAUGGGAAUUUAACCAGUCUGGAAACAAUAAUUUGGGGCGAGCCUCUAGCAAAUCACUUGUCUUCAGUCAUUAGAGAAUACAAAGAUACUGAUCCAGCUGUUGCUGGUGGUGGCUCAUAUUUGCAGAAAUUUCUUGGAGAAAUGUGGAUGAAAUGGCAAGCAACUUGCCAUAAAUUUGAAGAGACUGAUGCAGCAUUUACGAGUAAUCUUUUCAUUCUCUUUGAGAUCAAAAGCUAUGCGAUAUAUCCUGGCCCCAGCAGUUCAGCUUCUGGGUUUCUAAAAUGCAACCUGAUGGUAGGAAAGUUGAAUUUAGCUUUGAGAUGUUCAUCAACAGCAUCAAUUGCUUUGCUAUUCAGGCAGAUGAACCAAGCCUUUUGCUGGAGAGAGGAUAGUAGGAAUAACUUGCAUUCUGCUCAUCCCAAAGCCUCUGGGGAUCAAUCUGAUAUUAGUUGGAACAGUAAAUACAGAUACUACCUUGGUGAUGUAAAAGAGGCAUUGCUUAAAAUCCUCCCCGAGAAACAUAUUGAACUUGGUGCAUUUAUUGCUGGCCCUCAAAUUGAAAUUUCAUUUCAAAAGGAUGGCUUCAUCAAAGGCAAUAAUAUGUAUGAUGAUUGUCAAUUGGCAUUUGAGCUUCAUGACAUUGAAAUUGCUCUUUGGCCAACUUCAGAAUCUGAUUUAAAUAAAUUAACCAAAUGCAACAAAUACGGUGAUUCAGAACCCAAGAAUGUCAUGCUGGACGAGCCUUUCAAACUUGAUAUUGCAACAGCCGAUGAAGAGAAGUACAUGUCCAAGAUGCUAAUAUUACUCAGCAUAUAUCUCAGAUCGGGUGGCUUAAAGGCAUAUGUGGAGAACUUCAGAAUGAAGCAGAAAAUGCAGUUUUUUGAACUGAAUCCUUUAAUCUUUCAGCUAUCAUCCUUCAGGAAGUAUGGUCAUUCAUUUACCGGGAGUUCCAUUGCUCUUUCUGGAACUUUCUACGGGAUAGCUUCUGGCAUUACGACACAACUAUAUAUGGAUGGUAUCCAUAUUCUGGUUCAGGCAGUUCUUGAUGUACUCUCUGAGAGAAUACUUUCUGUUGAAACUGUUCCAAUUGGUCUCACUCAAGAGUCUGUAUUGAAAGAUUUGGCCUAUGCUGACUCAAAGGAUGAAGACGGUGCAAUGAAAGAAUCACUCUUUUUGGACAAGGCUACUUCUUUUCUUAUUAAGGGAGAUUUCAAGCUCUGCCAAAUUGAUCUAAUUUUGCAAAAGUCCUGGAGCAGCAACGAAUUGGGUUCUUUUAUAAAAAGCUCUGAUGCCGGAAGGAUUGGUGGACACAGUAUGCUUGAUCAUGGUAUUAGGAUGACACUUAAAGAGACAAGUAUUAAUAUGUUAUGUGAAGAGAGCAAAAUGGAAGUUCUGCUUGAUCUUUUGAAAAUUCAGUCUACUGUUUUCAGAUAUGAUAGUAAAACAAGAAGCAGCGAUUACUCUCCAUCAGAAACUUUGACAUUGUCUUCUCUUCAUAGCUUGUAUGAAACAGCCUUUUCUAAUUUGACUGUUACUUUAUGCUGGGGUUCCCCUCAGCAAGGAACAAUGAUCAGUGAAGUUGAUGGCACUGUCUCUAUAUCCGAUUCUCAUACAACUGAGACAGAUGCAAUGGCAUCUUUUCUGGGGCGCUGGUUAGUCAUAAAUAUAUCAAUUGGGGAACUCUUACUUGUGAAGAACUCUGUGAAGGAUUUUCUACUUGGCGCCCAUGAAAUGAAAAAGCUCAUAUUGUCACUUUCUGUUGGGGGAGAGUUCCAACUGGUAUCCUUGAAAAUUCAGGGUGGUCUUGUUCUGAUUGAGGUUGGUGCUUUGGCUGCCUGCUUUGGUUUAUGCGCUUCAUAUAUUCAGUUUGUACAAGAUUUUCUACACUCUGUACAAUCCUCUUGUAAGCACACUGGCAAAACUGAACAUGUGGCCAGUACAAUCACUUUGAAUGGCAAUCCUAGCGAGGAUGAUAUCCGAGAGGUGCUUCAUUCUUCAGACCAAAAUGGAUCGGAACAAAUGAAAGUUUUUACCCUACAGAUGUCUCAAUUUUCUUUAGUUUUGGCAGCAGAAGAGGAAUCUGGUGUUGUUCGAGAAAUCAUACAAGAGGUCGACUUGAAUUUGAAAUUUGAGUUGGUGAAUAAGAGGAGAAAAUUCCUAUUUGAACUGCUUCGGAUUUCAGUUGCAUCGCAAGUUUCUCAUGCAAAUGACAGUGAUGAGAUGUAUGUUCCCCAUUUUUCCUCUACCAAAUCUAGGAGAUCACCACCCGUCUCCUCAUCUGAAAAUCUUAUCGCAGCACAUGGCCAACUGGAGAGGGCUGGUGUAAUUGACUGUGAAAGUUCCUCAAGAGAUGCUUCUGAAGAUAGUUCUGCCAUUUUAGUCGUCCGAAUAAGCCAUAAGAGGUUCAUCUUGAAACAUUGUCGUGCUUUCAUACAUGUGGACACAAUUGAUAAUGGUCCUGCUAGUCUAAUUGGCGCUUCAGUUGGUGGGGGUUCUAUUUCAGGAGUUGACUUGACAAUCUCCCUCUCUGAAAUAGAAAUGAUCUUAUCUGCAGUUGGGUCCUUGUCUAGAAUUUCCAGUAAGGGGACCACCAAUGAGUCAAAACCCCGGCAGUGGUUUAACAACCAAGAAAUUGUCAGUUCUGUUGAAGAACUGGUUCCAAAUGGAGCCGUCGUUGCUAUUCAAGAUGUUGACCAACAUAUGUACUUUGCAGUUGAAGGUGAAAGAGAUAAGUAUAGUCUAGUUGGUGUUCUUCAUUAUUCUCUCGCAGGAGAACGAGCUUUUUUCAGGGUCAACUACCAAAGUGAAGGCAUGUGGCGGUCCUCCAAUCAAUGGUUCUCCUUGUUAUCUCUGCAUGCUAAGGAUGAGUCAGGUCAACCAUUACGACUAACUUAUCGUCGAGGAUCAGGUUUUGUUGAAGUGUCCAGUAGGUGCGACAGUAGGUCUUCACUUUUUAGAGCAGUCUCCUGUAAGCCUGAAAGCAUCAAGGGCGAUGUUGGCUGGGAUCCUUAUAAUCAAUUGAUCAAAGGCACCUUUUACCUCUUGAACAAGAAAAAUGAUUGUGCUAUUGCCUUUGUCAAUGGGAUCCCUGAGUUUGUUAGGAAGCCCGGAAAUCCAUUCAAGUUGAAAGUUUUCCAGGAGACAGAUUUAUGUCAUAACUCGAUCGUUCCUAAUAGUUCUAUCGAGGCUUCUACUGGUACUAUUCUGCAGCACAAUGGAAAUAUUGCUGAAGGAAUGUCCGGGCAAGGACAAUGUUCCCCUCUCAUUGAUAUUAAAGUUGAAAAAAUUUCUCUCACCAUUGUCCAUGAACUUUUGGAUGAAGAAGACUUGUUCCCUCUCCUGCAGAGUAGUAUUGAUAAUACUCAACUUAUUGUGCAAAUCUUACCUGCAAAAGUUAGAAUUGUUUGCACCAUGACGACUUGGCUGGAUUACUUUGAUUCUGAAGUCACGUCAUGGAGACAUCUUGUAAACCCAGUCGAAGUUUGCAUUUUUUGUCACAGUAGGUUUCUAGUUGAUGACAGAGACAUUGUGAAACACGUAGCACCUCUUUAUUUCUACUGCAGGACAAAGGAGUUGGAUAUAUCCUUAAAUGAAGUUUCUUUAGAUAUACUUCUGUUCGUUAUUGGGAAAUUAGACAUUGCUGGGCCUUUCUCGGUGAAAAGUGCCACAAUCAUUCCCAACCGUUGCAAGGUGGAGAACCAAACAGGUGCAACUCUUCUUUGUCAGUUCUACAGCCAGCAGAGGUUAAAAAUCGCUCAGAUGCAGUCUGCUUAUAUACGGUUGAAGCAUUCAGUUUUGGCUGAUCAAGUGUCUCCACCUGCUGUUUCGAUCCAACUUGGUUUUCUUAGUUCCGUUACAACUGCCCCUAUCCAUCUUUCUCUCUCUGAAACUCAGACAGUUGCAUGGAGGACUCGUAUAGUGUCACUUGAUGGUUCAAAAACUUACCCUGGACCAUUUCUUGUCAUUGACAUCGCAAGGAAUGCUGAGGACGGUUUGUCAAUUGUGGUUUCUCCUUUAAUAAGAGUCCAUAAUGAGACCAACUUCUCAAUGGAGCUGCGCUUUCAAAGACCCCAGCAAGAAAAAGAUGAAGUUGCUUUAGCCCUUUUAAAGAAGAAGGGGACACUUGAUGAUUCCAUGGGUAUGUUUGAUGCUGUAAAUUUGUCUGGGGGAUUGAAGAAAGCAAUAGCAUCCCUAACUCUUGGAAAUUUCUUGUUUUCUUUUAGACCAGAAAUCCCACAGGACCUCUUGAAUACUGGUAGUUCACUUUCAGUCGAAUGGUCAGAUGACAUUAGAGGAGGAAAAGCAGUUCGUCUCCCUGGAGUUUUUGACAAAUUAAGCUACAAAGUCCGCAGAGCAUUAUCCAGUGAAUCAGUAAAAAUAUCCUUUACUACUGCUUGUUGUACUGUCAACUCCAGCAAUUCUUGCAUGGGUAAACUGCAUUUUUUGAUUCAAAGCUGUACUAGGGAUGUCCCUAUCAGACAGCCUGACGAUGGCAAUGAACAUUCACCGGUUGCUUUAAAGGAGCAGAAGGAGAUUUUUCUCCUUCCAACUGUCCGUGUCUCCAAUUUCUUGCAGUCAGAAAUAAUUGUUACUCUAUCUGAUUCAGAUCAAGUUACAACCACUUUUGGGAAUCAGGCAACUUUAUCAUCUGGAUCUACUGCAGAUUUUUAUGCCAAUCCGGCCAUAAUAUACUUCAAUGUAACUUUGACUGCAUUUAGUUCAAGUUGCAAACCAUUGAACAGCAGUGAUUGGGUGAAGAGGCUACUUAAGAAUGGCAAAGACAUCAGCUUUUUGGAUGUAAAUUUGGAUUUUGGUGGCGGAAAGUAUAUUGCAUCUUUAAGAUUGUCUCGUGGACGCAGUGGCAUAUUAGAGGCUUUUAUUUUCACACCAUAUGCCCUGAAGAAUAAAACUGGCUUCCCCCUAUAUAUAUGCACCCCCAAUCAGAAGCCUUUACCAAGGGAUGAAAUGAGGAAGCUUCUUGUCAAUCUCUCCCCUGAUAUGGGGUUAUAUUUGCCGCCAGACAGCAUUACAUCAUGGUUUCUGAAAUCCACUAAACUGCGAAUCCAUUUGUUGGAAGAUCACAUAUGUGAGACAGCGUUAGACUUGAAUUCUUUAUCAGGCCUCUCUGAAGUAAAGUUGGACAUGGACAAGGGAAUGAAGAACAAAUAUUUCACUAAGUUUGGGGUUGCUGUAGCACCAGCAUUUGGUGAGGUCCCUGCCCAACUAGUCACAAUGGUCCCACGAUAUGUUGUGAUUAACAACUCUGAAAAGGAUAUAAUGGUGCGGCAAUGUUAUUUGGAGGACGACAUGGCGAGCAUGAUUAUUGUUAAAAGUGGGCAAAGGGCGGUGCUGAUGCUGUGUGAUACAAUCAACAGGAGGGAAUUCAGUUUAUUUGAAAAUUUCAUCCGAAAGCACAGAAGUUCUAAUGAUGAUUUAGUAUUAUUUGUCCAAUUUCAACUAAGUGGUACUGAUUUUGGUUGGUCUGGGCCAGUUUGUGUUGCUUCUCUUGGGCGCUUCUUUUUGAAGUUUAGAAGGCAACGGCUGAAUCAAGGCUCCGAAUCAAACAAGAAUCCUACUGAGUUCGCUAAUGUUUAUGUGGUAGAAGAUGGUUCUUCUCUUAUUAUGCACUUUCAAAAACCACCGAGUGUGAAACUUCCUUACCGGAUUGAGAAUCGCUUACAUGAUGCUAGAGUAACAUACUAUCAAAAGGACUCAUCAGAAUUUGAGGAUCUUCCACCUGACAGCUGCAUUGAUUAUGUCUGGGAUGAUUUAACUCUGCCACAUAAACUGGUUGUCCAGAUUGGCGAUAUUCAUCAGUUGCAUGAGAUUAACUUGGAUAAAGUCCGAGAAUGGAAGCCGUUUUUCAAAGUCGGACGAUAUGAAGGGUUGUCGUCUCAUAUGCUUCCGAAUAAGAAAUUGCGAAAUGAUAAAAGUAAGGUUGUCGGAUUGAGAGACUUAAUAAAGGUAGGCUAUGAAGUAUAUGCUGAUGGUCCGACAAGGGUUUUAUGUAUCUCUGAGAUUUCUGACAGUCAGAAGGUAGACCAAGCAUUCCACUCAUGUGGAAAGAUAAGGCUGAGAAUUCCUCAUUUGGCUAUCCACAUAUUUGAACUUAAGAAGGUGGAUGGGAGUGAACCCUCUGUUGAUACACAAAUUCUUAUAUCAAGGCUCAGAGAUAUCAAUAUGGAUGCACUUUUUACUGAUCGCCAGAAGUAUAGCCAGAUUAGUGUUCAGUCUUUGGAUGUGGUGCCAAGGUGGGUUGGAGCACCUUUUGCAGCAGUGCUUCGGAGACAUCACUUACCUGGUGAUGAUCCAAAUGAUUGCAUACUCAAAAUUGUGAUUAUCCUACAGUCAACCAAUUCUACUGUUAGGCAUGUGAAAUACUCAUCCAUCAUUCUUCAGCCAGUUGAUAUAAAUCUGGAUGAAGAGACAUUGAUGAAAUUUGUUCCCUUUUGGAGAUCAUCCCUUAGUGAAUCAAAUAAACCAAGCCGACAAUACUACUUUGAUCAUUUUGAGAUCCACCCAAUAAAGAUCUUUGCAAACUUUCUUCCUGGUGAUUCAUACUCAAGUUAUAGCUCAGCCCAGGAAACUCUACGAUCUUUCAUACACAGCGUGGUCAAGAUUCCUCCAAUGAGAAAUGUGGUUGUGGAGCUCAAUGGCGUGUCAGUCACUCAUGCCUUGGUAACAAUGCGUGAAUUGUCUAUCAGAUGUGCACAGCAUUAUACAUGGUACGCCAUGAGGGCAAUUUACAUAGCAAAGGGAAGUCCUUUACUUCCACCAGGUUUUGCAUCAAUUUUCGAUGACUUGGCUUCAUCAUCCCUCGAUGUCUUCUUCGAUCCGUCUCACGGAUUGAUGAAGCUGCCAGGCUUGACAUUAGGCACAUUCAAAUUGCUUAGCAAGAGUAUUGGUGGAAAAGGAUUCUCUGGUACAAAACGCUACUUCGGUGAUCUCAGAAAGACUUUGAUGUCUGCAGGGUCUAAUGUACUAUUUGCUGCUGUUACUGAAGUAUCGGACUCUGUUCUGAAGGGUGCCGAAACUAGCGGAUUUGAUGGAAUGUUUAGAGGUUUUCACCAAGGAAUAUUGAAAUUGGCCAUGGAGCCAUCAGUCUUAGGGAGUGCUCUACUAGAAGGUGGCCCAGAUAGAGUGAUCAAGCUUGAUAAAAGUCCUGGAGUCGAUGAGUUAUACAUCGAAGGGUAUCUGCAAGCAAUGUUAGAUAUGAUCUAUAAGCAGGAGUAUCUUCAAGUGAGGGUUAUUGACAAUCAGGUGAACCUUAAGAACAUGCCUCCGAACAGCUCGCUCAUAGAGGAGAUCAUGGACCGGGUAAGAGAAUUUCUUGUGAGUAAAGCACUGCUGAAGGGAGAUCCUUCGACUUCUUCUCGCCCAUUACGCCAUCUCCGAGGAGAAACUGAAUGGAGGAUCGGGCCCACAGUGAUGACAUUGUGCGAGCACCUCUUUGUGAGCUUUGCGAUACGAAUGCUGAGAAACCAGGCCUCUAAGGUUACACCAAAAAUCAAGUGGAAGAAAGAACCCCAGGAAAGUGGACAAAAGGACGAGGCUGUCGAGGGCCCAAUUGGUGAAGAACCACCACCAAAGGGGCGUUUUAUCUGGAAAUGGGGCAUCGGACAAUUUGUGCUGUCGGGGGUAUUAGCCUAUGUUGAUGGUCGGCUAUGUCGAUAUAUACCUAAUCCAGUUGCCCGGAGGAUCGUCAGUGGCUUUUUGUUGAGCUUUCUUGAUAAAAAAGAUGAUAAAUGAGAUCACCUCGAUCAAGUUGGACACUUGCCUUUGGCUCUUUCUUUCCUCUGUAAAGAAAAAUGGUGAAUUGAAUGUACAGCUUUCUCUGUGCAGACAUAUAUUCAAGAACUGAAAUGGAGAGAAAAAUUAGGUUAUCCCAUCAAUGAAAGGUAUUCACUUUCUGCCAAA